GAUGCCCAAGGACCUCGCUCUUGUCAUGACACAUCCUAGGAGAGCGUAAGGAUGGCAUCGGGUUCAUCUCCGAGGGAAGGUUCUUAUCGAACCACGCAAGUCGGCCGGGGAGGAUUCCUGGCUGUCCGGGGUGGUGUAGAUGAGGCCAGCAUCGCAUCAGAAGCGAGUAUGGAGAGGUGGUCAAGCCAGGCCUAGGAGAGGCUCGAUGAUGGGGAAUCAGAAACAAGUCGAUUUGUCGGACGGGAGCUUAGGUAGGGGUUGGAUGGGGGAAGGGUUCCCCGUCCGAUCUAUACUUUCCCGCAGCACGGACAUCUAUCGCGCCACGAUGACUACGACCCCUCCGUGCCGGCUUCUUGUUGGGUCUGGACACGCCUUGGCCAGGACCAGGGCCCGACGGCCGGAGAGCCAGCUUACCCUGCGGCUUACAUCACCUUGGAAGACUUCGUCUAAGCCAGAGCGUGCCAAACCGAUGGAGGGGCAGCAACGGGCACACGCAGCCCAUUCGCCUAGUCGCGUGCAACCGCUACGUAGACCGGCGGCCCCUUUCUACACGAGAAGACGAAGAUGCGUCGCCGGGCAAGCGAUUCAAGCAGAACCACAUUGUCCAAACAAAAAGCAAGCCAAGGGUCAUCCCGUGCCCUUGGGGGUCUGAUGAUUUCGCUUGUGUCAAUGAGCUUCUCCAAUGUCGCCCCCCCGCUUGGCGACGACGGAAACAAACCAACAGGGAAAAAACCCAAUACAAUAUACAAAUAUGAAAUUAGGAUA